UUCCGAGUUGCGCGGAAUUAAAGAUUCCGCUCACGUUAAUUCGCCGUGUAAAGUCGAGCGCAGAAGUGUCGUGCGUCUCGUUUCGAGCGGUUGUUUAUCUUUCUUUGUGGGAAAGUCGUUUCGCGCGAUAUCGGAGAAGCAGUUUGAAUGACACAGGCAAGGUACAAAGGAGCCCCACGUGUUUCCCAUAAAAUUGCGACUUGAACCAGCUGGCGCAGGAAUGGGCGGACGAAUUAGCGAGGAUGGCCAUUCUUCAGUAUAGAUCGGAUCCCGAGUAUGGCGAAAAUAUCUACCGCAGUUUCUGGAGGGACGUUCCUUACAGAAUUAAGCCGCAGGAUCCGUUGGAAUAUUGGUACGGAGAGGGCAACUACUUCAAGUACGGGGACGAGGCGAAAGAUUUGGAUGCUGUGCGCCACUUUACUCAGCUAAUUUGGAAGAAAACCGAAUCGAUAGGUCUCGGAUUGGCGAACGAUGACAGCGGCAAAUUCUACCUCGUUUGCAUUUAUCAUCCUCCAGGCAACGUCGCCGGCGAAUUCGUGGAAAACGUGUUACCACCCACUCAGGAGAAGGAGCUGGAAUUAUCACCGGACGAGGCGAAGAUCAUUCAGAAAAUCCAGUCGGAUCUGAACGUGGCGAGGUCCAUGGAGCGAAUAUACGCCGUGCCAUCGGAAAUGCUGCGUGUUUGGUCGAUUUGGCUCGGCAAGAUCGGCGAAAUUGCCGACGAAUGGCAGAGGUGGUUACGUGUUCACAUCGAUUUUGCUGCGAGGCUCGCGGAAGAGUUGCAGAAGGCUGACCAGGCCUUGAAACUAGAGGAGGAAGGAUACCAACCGACGGAAGAAUCGAACAAAGUCAUGGUGGAUCAAGAAGUGUUGGAAGAAACGUCCGAAGGAAAGCUGGGAGAAGAAGAAAACUCCGAAGCAAUGCUGCUGGCAUCGAAAUCGGGAGAGACAGCGCCAGAAGACUCGAGAAAGACAGUGGGAGAAAAAUCGAGGGUGACGUCCGAAAUGGCGAACAAGGAGGACGAAUUCACAAAGAUUUGGCCCAUAGGCACACCAUGGGAGCAUUUGGGAACAAAGGACGACAGUGACAGCGAGCCAUUCGAACGAUUGCCUUUACCGAGGACCGAGGAGGAGAUGAGGGCGUUGUUGAAGAAGUUCACGCACGAGGCGACCGUCUAUCGAUCUUAUUACAAGCACUGGAAGGAGACCGCUGAACAGGCGAUCAAGGAAAUCGGAGGUAGAUCAGUGCUGGCCACCUUCCUGGUGCAAGGCUUGGACAAGCACGGCAAGGUGAAGAAACAGCUUGCUCCGAAACCGGCGGUAACGAUCUCUGAAUCACGCGUGCCGCGACUUACUGAGAGAGAUAAGAAGAAAGGAAAUGGUAACACAAAGUUUAAUGUCAAAUUUUCGGAUGAGGAGCCAACACAGUCCGCCAUAUUGGAGAACGAUACCGCGGUAACAGCAGUGGAUGAGCUCGAGGAGCAAGGGGAUGAACCGGUAGAGGAAGAGGAAGAGAAAGAGGAAGAGAAAAAGGAAGAGAAAGAGGAAGAGGAAGAGGAAGAGGAAGAGGAAAAGGAAGAGGAAGAGGAAAAUCCUCCGUCGAAUCCAGAACCGUCGGAGGAGCCGUCGAAACUUUCUCCAGUCUCCUCGAGAGCGACGAGGGAAACGGCCUCGAGAACGACGGACGAGUCGGAGGGAAUCGCCUCGGUAACGAGCGAUCUCGUUGCGACCGUCGAGGCGGACGAUUUCACGAAGGAGUGCGCGCGUUCGUUGGAGCCGGUGCCUUACAUCUUUUAUCUGAGGGCAGAGCCGGAUAUCGAGAUAGCUACGGAGCACGACGACGAGCAGGUCAUUGCAGCGGAUCCCGAUCGUGAGAACGUCGCCGGUUCCUACAAGCGGCUUUCCUUCAAUCUCACGGACAAACCCUGCAAGGGUGGCAAACCGUGGAUACUGUGACAGACAGCGGCGUUACACUGUGAAAGAUCACUCGGAUCGUUCGUUGAAUUACACGUGCGUGAUGACAACUGGACUGAGAGUUUUUUUGUUUUUGUGAUUUUUCGUACUUUUGCGUGUAUUUCGAGAAGCUUACGAGAAUACGAGAGUAUUCCAGUUGAUUUGUAUUUAUAUAUAAUAGGACGCGUACUCAUCUUUUCGUUGAUACAGAGGGAGAAGUUUAGAAAAUUAAUUUUUGGAAACUCAAUCUGUUGUUAUACUAAACUCGUAUGAUAUACUAUAAUCUGAGAACUUCUAUUUUUCUUACA